AUGAUUGUCAUGCUCAGGCUACUUUUCUUGAUCUCUAUCAUAGGGUGUCUAUCUUUAUGUCUCGCCUCAAAGCCACACAUCCUUCAGGUAGUGACAGACUUGCAGGCCGAUUUGGAGGCCCUCAAACAGAUUCAAAGCCAAUAUGUGUCUGAUAUUGCACCCCGAGAUCGACAAUUUUUCCGCCCGGGAUCUGGACCACCAUUUGGUAAUGGUGGAUUUCGACGACCACCUCGACCACUUCCUCCUCCACCCCCACCACCUGCUAUUGACAUAGAAAAACUAUCAGCGCUGAUAGAAAGCUUUGGCAAAUCUCUGGGAAUUCUGAUUGAAUUCAUUAAAAACAACGUACCCGAUCCAUCGGCCACAAGCAGCUUGACAGGUUUACCUGGAACUUCCACUCCACAGUCCACCGCCAGUACUACCUCGACAUCUCCGACAAAAAGCUCCCGUUCGAUGACAUAUUUGACUCACACGACCACAGGAGCGCCCACCGGAUCCCUUGCUACCACAGAGCUGGGUUCCACGGCUUCGGAUGCAAGCACUUCAACGACCGCUCUUAACUCAGUUGCAACUACUUUGGCUCCUACGACCAUAACCACAACAACUGACUCGACUUCUGUUAGUGAUUCAACCGCGAGGACACCGUCUUUGACCACAUCGAGCAGUAACUCGACUCCAACAGCAACGGAUGGUACAAUCACAGCUACUACGAUCACACCUGCCUGGGCUGCUUCAAGUGAUUAUACUACGUCUACGUCAACAAGCAUUAGCGAAACGACAGGAUCCAUCUCCGGCGUUCCGGAAGCCACAUCCACUGGAAGCGAAACCUCCACAACGGCAGAUACUAGUUCCAAUACUUAUAUCACAACCACUUCCACCUUAUCAUUCAUCAGUACGUCGGCAGGUACUGCCUCACCUGCGACAACAGGUACUACUACAACCGGCGGUAGUUUCACGACAACUGAAUCUACGACAUCUGAAUACACUAAGUCCACUUCGCUUGAGACUAUAACAAUUGAAUCUACCACAUACACUUCAUUUGAGACCACUACGACUGAAAGUCCUCCUCCUCCGGACUCGUCCACCACACCGGAGACCACGACCAAGCUAACUACCAGUAUCGACAUCACAGCAACGACCAGCAUUAAAACGACCGCUGACACAGGUUUUACAAGGACAAGUAGUCUAGUCACAACCACUACUACCACCACCACUGCGACUCCCGCGGGCCCAACUUACUUUUUCGACCCAGCCGCGCGCAAUCUCAAUCUUGUAUAUUAUGGCCAAACCACCAGCGAUGCGAGUCUCACCUCAGUGUGUGCUGAUGAUAGUGUCGACAUCAUAACGAUCGGCUUCAUAACAAGGUUCUUCCUCGGGGGCGAAGUCAACAUUACGAUGAACCAAGGUUCACACUGCUGGGCACCGAAUCAAGGUCAACAGGGCGCGGGCGCAUGGGGCUUGAAGGACUGUGUGGGCGACGGAUUUGCAGCGGAGAUAAAGGACUGCCAGGACAAGGGCAAGAAGGUUCUCAUAAGUGCCGGUGGAGUCUUCGCCGACCUGAACAUCCCUAGCGAGCCUGACGCUGAAAUAUUGGCGGAUAGGCUGUGGAAUCUGUUCCUAGGCGGUGUCGAUACUGGUAUCGCUCCGACGCGGCCGUAUGGGCCUGUCGUGCUUGAUGGGAUUGAUUUCGAUAACGAAAAGCCCGAGAAUAAGCAAUACCUUCCGAAGCUAGCAUCAACACUGCGCCAGCUGAUGGCCAGCGACUCCACCAAGGCUUACUAUUUGACCGCCGCGCCACAGUGCCCACUGCCAGACUUAUCCAACCCGAUCGCGGAGCUUCUCCCGUCCAUCGACUUCUUCAGCGUGCAAUUCUACAACAAUCCACCCUGCCAAUUGAACGCAGGCCAGGGAUUCUUGGACUCGCUACAGGACUGGUCGGACAUUCUGUCUGGCACGAAACCCGUCCCUGCAAAGACGAAACUGGCGAUGAAGAAACGCCGGGCUGGUGGCCCAACAACUUCGCCACGCCGGCUCGGCAGCGGCAGCGGCAGCGAGAAGGUACGGAACGGUGCAUUCUCGCGGCGCAUGCUUAGGAACGGGAAGCGUCAGCAACCCGGCGACACGAUCGACAUUGGCUUCUUCCAGCUGAACAACGGCAUUUCGAUGCCGUUGAUGCUCAUCGGCACCCCUGCGUUUAAUUGGACGGAAACCCAAGACAUCGGCUAUGUGACCAUCGCGACGUACAAGGAGCUUCUCGUGGCGGCCAGGGAGAAGAACCUGCCUAAUCUCGCCGGUGCGAUGUUCUGGGACGGCGGAUAUCAGAGUCGGUCGGCGCAAGAGGUCGACGGUGAGCUGCAGACAUAUGCAGAAGUCGCUAGGGACAUCUUGCGGAUUCCGCAUGUGUGA